GGCGCCCGGCUGACCUCGCCAUGGCGAUCGGCUGGAAUAUAGCCGCCCUCCUGAAGCUCGCUCUCAGCUGUUUCGUCGAGGUUGCCUUCUUCUGGCAACUCGUAAGUAACCCGUGUCCUCCGCAACUCCUACCCACCCUUAGCUUUUGUCCUCGUUCCUCUAUGCGGAGUAUAUAUAUAUGCUGAUGCCAUGCAGCGAUUAUAUGCAUGGUGGACUCAGAAGAGCCCUCGAGACGUGUUGAUAGAGACAUUGGCCGAGGCAAGACUAUUCGAAGAGUGGGAGGCCAGUGCUUUUCAGUUGGAUGAGGAGUUGGGAUUCGAUCUCUGGCGACAGAACCCCACGAGCAGACACUACGAUUACCGCCUUAUAUACGAACGGCUUCGAGCUAUCAUCGAAGCGCGAGAAGAGGAUGAUAUACUAGGACUUGUGAGCCUGUUACGCUCUGGUCUUGUCCGGAAUCUAGGGAAUAUCACGUCACCGCGCUUGUUCAACCGGGCGUAUGCGGGGACGAAGCUGCUUAUAGAGGACUAUGUCACCCAGGUUGCUCUGGCCAUCGAUU